AUGCCCGCGGAACUUCAGAACGGGCUGCCAGCCCAUGGUACCAAUGGUGUAAACGGCAGUGCGACGCAGCUCUCAAAACCUACGCCAGCGCACCCGGCCUUCGACUCGAUACCAGAUGUCAUACAAGCCUUUGCAAAUGACGAAUUCGUAAUCGUCCUUGACUCUCCUAACCGAGAGAACGAGGGCGACCUCAUAAUCGCCGCGUCCGCCCUGACACCUGCCAAAGCUUCCUUCAUGAUCCGCUACUCCAGUGGCUACAUCUGCGCACCCUUACCCGUUAGUCGCGCCGCCGCCCUGCAUUUACCGCAAAUGGUUGCCGACAACGCCGACCCUAACCGCACCGCCUACGCCGUCAGCAUCGAUUCCGCAGACGCCUCUGUCACAACCGGUAUCUCUGCCCAAGACCGCAGCUUGACAUGCCGGAUGCUCGCGGACCCCAACGCCAAAGCCAGCCAUUUCAGGAGACCUGGACACAUACUGCCAUUGCAGGCAAGGGACGGCGGAGUGCGCGAACGUAGGGGACACACAGAGGCUGCUGUAGAUCUAUGCAGGUUGGCUGGUAAGCAACCUGUCGGUGUUAUCUGCGAGCUGAUUACGGACGGCGAGGAAGUACCUGGUAAGCCGGAGCUUGUUGGUGGAGGUAUGAUGAGAAGGGACGAUUGUCUGGCAUUUGGAAAGAAGUGGGGGAUCAAGGUUUGCACGAUUGACGACAUGGUUCGCUACAUUGAGGAGAACGAUGGUGUGCUGGGCGUGACAUCAUAG